AUGAGACGUUUAGAACAAGUUCUUAUACCACAUAGACAUGCUCGACCAGAAGACUAUCGGCAACAAGUGGUAGUGCUGCAUGGCCUUGGCGGAAUAGGCAAGACUCAGCUUACCGCCGAGUUUGCCAGGAAGCACCAGGCUGCGUUCAUGUCGGUAUUCUGGUUAGACGGAAGCAGCGAAGAUAGCCUAAAGCAAAGCAUUGCUGAUUGCGCAGGUCGUAUUCCAGAAGGGCAGAUUGCUGAGACAAGUAGGAAAUACUCGUCUAGCACAAACGGUGACCUUAAUGCUGUUAUCGGUGAUUUCAUGGAGUGGCUGAGCAGGACGGAGAACAAGCACUGGCUGAUUAUAUUUGAUAACGUGGACCGCGACUACCAGCAAGAGACCGAUAUCGACGCCUAUAAUGUCAGCAACUACAUACCCGAUGUUGAUCAUGGAUCGAUUCUGAUUACCACGCGGCUUGCGAACCUCCAACAGGUCGGCGAAUCUCUGCAGUUAGGGGCGGUUGACAUGAGCCAAGCGCAGGCUAUCUUUCGAAAGUGGUACAACCAAGACAUUGAUCCGAAUGACAGCGACGAGCUACUUCGACUGCUUGAAGGACUACCUUUAGCCCUGGCCCAGGCGGCAACCUAUAUGAGCGAGACGGGGACGAGCUUCAGUACGUACACUAGGCUAUACAAAGAGCAGUGGAAGGAUCUGAUGGAGGUUGAGAACACGGCAUUGCUGAGAAGCUAUGGGAACCGCAGCAUAAGCACGACGUGGAUGGUCUCAUAUAAUGCGAUACGCACCAAGAAUGAGGGCGCAGCAAAUCUUCUUCUGCUAUGGGCUCACCUUGACCAUAAAACACUGCCGUUCUGGAUUCUCCAAGCUGGAGCACAUAGGUCGAGUGCAUUGGCUAACGACUUGUCGGCAUGGCUGAGAGACGCCACCGAUGAUGAAGUGAAAUUCUUGCAAGUAGUUCGACUUCUACGGAGCUAUUGCUUGAUUGAAAGCCUACCUGGGAGUUCGACCCACAGUACUCAUCCUGUAGUGCACCAGUGGGCAUUUCACAUACAAGAUGAACAUCAACGAACAGAGCUAUCACGACUAGCAGUUCUCGUGAUUGGAUAUGCUGUUCCAGAUAUGCAUGCUACAGAAUAUCACCAGAAACAGCGGCAGUUAUUUCCACACGCCGAGUCUUGGAUCGAAAGAAUGGAGCGAGCAACAGCGGAUACAAUAAUAGAAGUAAAUAAGGAGGUAUCAUACGCACUACAUAGGAUGGGUAUGCUAUUAUCGGAUAGAGGAAACCUACUAAAGGCGGAGAAGAUGUACCAGCGGGCGCUAGAAGGCAAGGAGAAGGCCUGGGGCCCUGAUCAUACAUCGACACUGGACACCGUCAAUAACCUGGGCCUUCUCUAUGCUGACCAAGGGAAGCUGGCAGAUGCUGAAAAGAUGUAUCAGCGGGCGCUAGAAGGCAAGGAGAAGGCCUGGAGCCCUGAUCACACAUCGACACUGGACACCGUUAACAACCUGGGCCUUCUCUAUGCUGACCAAGGGAAGCUGGCAGAUGCUGAAAAGAUGUACCAGCGGGCGCUAGAAGGCAAGGAGAAGGCCUGGGGCCUUAAUCAUACAUUGACACUGGACACCGUUAACAACCUGGGCCUUCUCUAUGCUGACCAAGGGAAGCUGGCAGACGCUGAAAAGAUGUACCAGCGGGCGCUAGAAGGCUAUGAGAAGGCCUGGGGCCCUAAUCACACAUUGACACUCGACACCGUCAACAACCUGGGCAUUCUCUAUAAAAACCAAGGGAAGCUGGCAGACGCUGAAAAGAUGUAUCAGCGGGCGCUAGAAGGCAAGGAGAAGGCCUGGGGCCUUAAUCACACAUCGACACUCGACACCGUCAAUAACCUGGGCCUUCUCUAUGCUGACCAAGGGAAGCUGGCAGAUGCUGAAAAGAUGUACCAGCGGGCGCUAGAAGGCUAUGAGAAGGCCUGGGGCCCUGAUCAUACAUCGACACUGGACACCGUCAAUAACCUGGGCCUUCUCUAUGCUGACCAAGGGAAGCUGGCAGACGCUGAAAAGAUGUAUCAGCGGGCGCUAGAAGGCUAUGAGAAGGCCUGGGGCCCUGAUCACACAUCGACACUGGACACCGUCAAUAACCUGGGCCUUCUCUAUGCUGACCAAGGGAAGCUGGCAGACGCUGAAAAGAUGUACCAGCGGGCGCUAGAAGGCUACGAGAAGGCCUGGGGCCCUGAUCACACAUCGACACUCAACACCGUCAACAACCUGGGCCUUCUCUAUGCUGACCAGGGGAAGCUGGCAGACGCUGAAAAGAUGUACCAGCGGGCGCUAGAAGGCAAGGAGAAGGCCUGGGGCCCUGAUCACACAUCGACACUGGACACCGUCAAUAACCUGGGCCUUCUCUAUGCUGACCAAGGGAAGCUGGCAGAUGCUGAAAAGAUGUAUCAGCGGGCGCUAGAAGGCAAGGAGAAGGCCUGGGGCCCUGAUCACACAUCGACACUGGACACCGUUAACAACCUGGGCAUUCUCUAUGCCAACCAGGGGAAGCUGGCAGACGCUGAAAAGAUGUAUCAGCGGGCGCUAGAAGGCUACGAGAAGGCCUGGGGCCCUAAUCACACAUCGACACUCGACACCGUCAACAACCUGGGCAUUCUCUAUGCCGACCAGGGGAAGCUGGCAGACGCUGAAAAUAUGUACCAGCGGGCGCUAGAAGGCUACGAGAAGGCCCUCGGGCCGGAUAAUAUUCUAUCGUACGUUCCUGCCCUUCAUAACGCCUAUAGCUAUGGUAUGCUCUUCGAGGAUAAGGGCCGCUUAAGUGAUGCAGAGUUAAUGUACACAAGAGCACUUAGAGGGUAUAAGCUUGUCUUUGGAACUAACUAUCGCUGGUACCGGGCAGCCCAGGAGCGCCUUAAGAACUUGGAGACCUCUGAAGAUUCUCGCUCUACCUCGCCAACAGCCGCUACUCGGCUUAAUCGACAUGUAACAGACAUUUUACCAGUGGCAGGAUCGGCAGCUGCUACAACAUCAAAAGGACUUAGGCUUCUCAGGAAACUCAAGUUGAGAUAA